GUCUUCCAUACCAGGAACCGUGACGCUCAGCUAUGAACGCGUGAACUACAAGCCCCACAAGGCAAACGCCACUUUGCCCUGCUGUUUCUCUCCCCCGUUUCUUUGAGCUUUGGGGAAGUCAGUGUAUCAUCGUCCUUUGGAAAGUGCAAAGCUUCGACGAUUUAACAUGGCAUCAAAACUGCUUCAAAAACUUCCUUCUGAAAAUCAGUGUAAGAAGAUGUCUGUGGUUCUGGGUACUCCUUUAGGAAGGAUUAAGAUACUAGGAUGCAAGGUGGGAGUGCAUGAAAUACACCUUCAAGAAGAAGUCAUGCUUCUGCCUGGUCAUCCAGAGACUUUGGUGUCCUGUGAGGUAGUCGGAGCCACAGAAGAUAUGACAGAACCACUGAAGCAGUGCACAGCUUGGCUUCAGGCCUACUUCUGUGAGCCACAGAUGAUAGAGAAGCUUCCAAUACCUCCUUUCCACCAUCCACUUUUUGAGCAUGCUUCAUUCACCAGAGAAGUGUUGUGGACCUUGUUGAGAGAUGUGAAAUUUGGAGAGGCCAUUUCUUACAAGCAAUUAGCAGACCUGGCAGGCAACAGCAAAGCUGCCAGAGCAGUGGGAGGAGCAAUGAGAAGAAAUCCUGUCCCAAUUAUCAUACCGUGCCACCGAGUGAUUUGCAGCGGUGGACAGACUGGCAACUACACGGGAGGAAGUCAUCUGAAAGAGUGGCUUUUGUCACAUGAGAAGCUUCAGAAGGAAAAGUUAGCAUAUUGAUGCAGUUCAGACACAGCUGUUAUAUAGCCAAAACACAUAACCAAAGAUACUUGGCUUAUAACAAGCUUUCAGAACGCACAGUAGAAUUCAGGAAAAUGGCAAAUAUUUGAGUGACAUAUAAAUAUAAUACAACAUCCGAAGCGAAAUGUGUGGUGGCACUACUAUAUUAAAAAAGCUGAAUGUGUCCUAGGGGAUCCAGCUUGUAUGCCCUUUCUUGUUUUUACAUUUUACAGCAGAAUGACUGUACAGCGGGCUGCGCCUGUUGUGCAUGUAUUUUGUUCCCAUCUCUAGUGCUGUUUUGUUCUAUUUUUAAUGUCCAUUAAAGCACGGAUAAGGCAGUGGGAGGGGCAUGGCAAAUGUUAGAUGCAACUGCCCCUCUAAGGAAGCAUCUGGCUCACAGAGGGGACAGCCGGGAAUCCGCAGCCUUUGCGUGUAUUCGGAGAGCAAAAUUAAAUGCAUCAGCUUCCACACACACCUCCCCCUGUUCCUGCCUGGAUUUGUAUUUGUCCAGAUUGAAAAGCUUGUCCCUCUGCCAGGCUUGGUGCCCAAGAUUCUCCUGUUUUCUUUGAUGUUUGAACUGUUGAAAUGAUGUUUUACGUAAACAGUUGUUAAUGAAACACACUGAAAAUCCAUUCAAAAGGAAGCGGCUAUUGAAUUGCCUAUUCACAGCUUUUUUUUUUUCCUUUUCAGAUCAUUGUAGAUGGCUUAGAAGAUAGGAAUAAAAAUAUUUUGCCUCCAUUAGCAUUGCUUCAUGCGAGCAGAAAAAUAGAUGCUGAUAGUUUAGUGACAGAGAAAUGUUUUUUAAACAUUAUUCAGCUGAAUUACAGACACCUAUUGCUAGAAUAGAAAUAUGAAUCUUUCUCUUUAUCAGCUGUGCUUAUGGCUUUUGCUUAGCAUUGGCUUCAUUUAGUUUUCACAUUUACACAUAUGUUAUACAAUACUUUCUUCUAGAGAAAACAAAAGCCAUGGUUUUUUGUUUUGGUUUUUUGCUAUCCAGAAAAAAAUAUGAAUAGUUAGCCCAAAGAUGUUGGAUAUAAGAAUUCUGGUUAUUUUUUUAAAAAAAACUCAGUAAAAGUAAAAUAUUACAAACCAUCCGAAACUGAAAUUUUCAAUAUGGGGAUCAUAAAUUAUGACAUUGAAAUACUGAUUGAUCUGUUUUUAUCACAUUCAGCUAGAUGUUGCCUUAGAAAUCUCACUGCUAAAAAUUAUUGUACUAUGUUACUCUAUGACUGUAUUAUUACUUAGACAUUAGCAUUACUUUAUUAAAACAUGUUAUGCAUGAACACAUUGUCAGUAUGUUUAAAUAAAAAUAUGCCGGGAAAAUAAGCCAUGCUCCUGUGUACAAUAUAGGACUGUAUUUUGUCAAGGGUUUCUGGUGGCAGUCUCAACCUGGCUCAAGUGGUUUGUACAUGUCAGCAAAAACUCAAAUAAAUAAAUAAAUAAAGCUUUAUAAUAUGUA